UGAAAUAUAUGUUGGUUCAGCAGAUUCAAUAUCAUAUAAUACUUUCCAUUUGCUUUCUUGAGUUACUUUCACAAUUAAAAAACUGAUACAAGAGUCUGAACAUUUGAAGCAAUGUUAGGUAGCAUAAUCCAGAAUAACUUCUGUAAAGGAUCAAUUUGGCCAUCCCUUGUUCUUGUGGUGUUUUGUUUUUACCAUGUCUUCCAUGUUGACAGUAACAGAAGAUAAGCUUUAUGCAUUCAAUGAUUAAUAAUGGAGUAGGUUUUCUUGUCUUCCAUGUGCUUUUGGAAUUUCCACUUAGAUACUCAAAAUAUUUCAUUAUAAAUGAGCAAGUCUUACAAAUGAAACUCAUAGCCAUUGACCACUAAACUUUUUCAUAGGACAUUAUAUUAUACCAAUGGACUCAAAUUCAUCUAGCUUUCUUUUGAACUCUUCAAAUUUUCACUCAGUUUUCUAUCAGGACAAACAUGAUGAUGGCAUAAUUGAUCUUGGUCUUAGUCUUGGAACUGUUCAACAUGAUGCUUAUCAUUCUUCUGCUAACUUGUAUGAUGAUGAUCUUAUGGAUUGGCCUAAUAUGAAGAAUUCUAGAUCUGUCCAUGAAAACUUUGAUGAAGAGAUAGAGGGAGUACAGAGCAAUGAGAGAUGGGCUUAUGUGAAGGUUAACAUGGAUGGGGUCUCCAUUGGUAGGAAAAUUUGUAUUCUUGAUCAUGGAGGAUACUCAAGUCUAGCCAUUCAAUUAGAAGACAUGUUUGGUAGCCAAUCAGUAUCUGGUAUAAGAUUAUUUGAAUCUGGAUCAGAGUACUCAUUAUUCUACAAGGACAGUGAAGACAAUUGGAGGACUGUUGGUGAUGUCCUGUGGAAGGAGUUUGUAGAAUGUGUGAAAAGGCUAAGGAUUGCAAGAAAGAAUGCAGGCAAUGUUAACAUUUCAUCUUAGAUAAAUAAAUUCAAAAUUAAAUUGUUUUCAUGACUUUCUUUUGAGUUGUCUAAACUUUGACCAUGUAAUACUUGCAUGUGCUGUUUUAGAUUUGUAAAGGCAAGUCCUUCAUGGAAAAAAUUGAAAAUCUAAGGACUUUGAUACUACAGUGUUGCUUUCAAUUGCUAUAAUUCCUAACGAAUUGGAAUUUUAGGAUCAGGACAUC